CAACUCCCUCACGCCCCCGCCCCCCUUUCAUUCUCAUCACCCACCUGCCUAAGGCUCCCCCCCCCCCGCCGUCCCUCCCAAAAAUAAACAUACCUACCUCACCUCCCCAACCAACCCCUCCCCUCCCCCCAAAAAUGGCACCCCCCAUCAUCGACUCCCACAUCCACCUCUACCCCGCCUCGGAAGCCCCCUCCCUAGCCUGGUGGACGCCCACGCACCCCCUGCCCGCGCAGCAGUCGACGGCCGAGUUCCGCGCGGCGACGGCUCCCGCCGUCGCCGGCGCCAACCUUGCGGGGUUCGUGCUCGUGGAGGCGGACCGGCGCAACAGCAGCCCGCGGGACUGGGACGCGGCGCUGCAGGAGGUCGCGUGGAUGCGGCGGGUCGCGACGGGCACGGCGGGCGCCGCCGAGGGCCACACGCCCGACGAUGCCCCGCUAUGUCUGGGUUUGGUGCCCUGGGCGCCGCUCGUGCUCGGGCCCGAUGAGUUGGGUCGGUAUUUGGAGAGGGCGGAGGCGGAGGCCGGGCCGGAGGCUUGGGGCCGGGUGAAGGGGUUUCGGUAUUUGUUGCAGGAUAAGGAGAAUGGGACGGCGCUGGGUGAGGGGUUUAUUGAGGGGUUGAAGGUGCUGGGGCGGAAGGGGUUUGUGUUUGAUGUGGGUAUUGACCAGCACCGGCGCGGGAGGGUGCAGUUGGAGGAGGUUGUGGAGUUGAUCGACCGGGCACAUGAGGGGGUCGAGGAGGAGGAGAAGGUGGUGUUUAUCUUGGAUCACCUGUGCAAGCCCGACUUGACGAUUCUCAACCAGACGGACCCGUCAUUCAUUGCAUGGCGCACUGCUAUGUUCACCCUCAGCAAGUGCCACAAGACAUACAUGAAGCUAAGCGGUUGCUUCGCCGAGCUGCCGGACAAGCUGAAGGAGCGGCCUGCCGAGGACAUCUUCGCGGCCAUCAUCCCGUGGCUGGCGGUUGUGGUCGCGGCGUUCGGCCCGAGCCGGAUCAUGUUUGGCAGCGACUGGCCCAUCUGCGUGGUGGGUGUAGGCGAGGAUUCGUGGAAGAAAUGGCACAAGGUAGUUGACAUGGUGUGCGAUCUGGCCGGCUUGGGCGAAGAAGACCAGGCAAUGCUCUGGGCCGGGACGGCCAAGGAGGCUUACAAGCUUGAGGGCUAGAAUUACAUGAGAGCUGCUUGGUUCCUAGCAUUUCGUGGCUAC